AUGAGCAGGUGGUGGCGGGCCAAGCGGGGGCGCAGCCGGCCCCUUCGGGCCGCUGCAGGGCCUUCCGCCAUUGGGCCCAGCACGCCGAGUUCGGUGUGGGCGCCGGGGUGGUGCCUGCCUCGGCGCGCGAGGCUGCACGGCGGGCUCGCGGCGGCAGGAAGCGCUGCAAGGAGUCCGGCGCGGAGGAGAGCAAAGAGGAGGUGCGACGGCCUGGCGCAGGAGCUCAUGCAGACCAAGGCUGUCGCCUGGCAACUCAAGGGCGCGGCGGGGGCCGUAGCGGAGGUCGGCGUGCCGGCCAACUUGCUGCUGGACGUCACCGAGCAGAUCGAAAAGGUCGUGGAAGUGCCCACGGGGGGGUACGCCGAGUUCGUCCACGUACCGAAGGCGCAGACCCAGGAGUUUGGGAAGACGGUGGAGAUGCAGACGGCAAAACACGUCGUGAACAUCGACCAUGUCCCGUCCGACGUCACCCAGGAGGCCGAGGAGGCCGUGGAGGUCCAGUCGGCAGACCGCCAGCACUCGGAAGAGAAGGCCCACGUCGGCGGCGAGGACAAUGACGAGGACCAGGGCGACGAGUACGAGGAGAACGAUGACGGCUGUGCAGUGGCCGUCCAGAGAGACCUGUGGAGGCCAGGAUGGGAGCUCGACGAGGGCGACCCCCUUCCGCCAGCUCCCUCGGACCACGAGCAGCGCGCAGGGCGCCAGUGGCUCAAGCGGAUCGCGGUGGACCGCAAGCCACGGCGAAGCGAGAUCACGGCGGCUGCCACGGUGGAGGCAGAGGCGCUGGAGGCCAACAAGUUCUCGCUGAAGCCUGUGGCGAAGCAGGUUGGGGAGCGGACGAUGCGUGACAGCAAGUGCGCCCCAAGGUCCAUGGCCACCGACUGGCUGAAGGCGAUUGUCGCAGAGUCCGAGGACGACGUCACAAGGGCGAUCGGCGGCGGCGAGGUCCGCGACGUCUUCGACGAGCGCGGCUACGAUGGCGGGCGGCGCAGGCCGGUGAUCCUCCAGCGGCAGUUCGUCCAAACCGCUGGCCCCGACAAGAUGAUCGAGAUGGAGAGGGCCAUCCAGCGGCUCCAAGCCGCCAUCCGUGAGCGGUGCUGCGCGCGGCGCCCGCGCAAGCGCAGGUGA